AUGCCGGAGCGGCUCAUGCGGGAGGUGGUCCGGGCGAGCGGGUGGCGGACCCGCUUCAUCGUGUACGAGAUAGUGGCCAAGCUGUUCGACGCUCCCAUCAAGCCCGGGGUGGUGCCGACGCCGACGGGACGCUCUCCCGCGGUUGCCGCGGCCGCGAACCUGAAGCUUAGGGAGGCGGCGGAGGAGAAGCUUGCGGCCAAGAGGGAGAGGAGGGAAGCGGUGGCGGCAGAGGGGAAGGGGGGCGGCGAUGAGGAGGAGGACGAUAUCGACUUGGAGACGGCUAGGGCUCUGAUCGCGGCCGAGGUUCCGCUGAUGGAGAUGUCGCACCCGCACGUCCGGGGCUCCGUUAUCGCGGGUGAGCUGAUCGGAGCCACGUUCGCCAAGAACUUCGGGCGCGACGGCAUGUGGGAAGGAACGGUGACGAAGGUGAGCCCCUUGUAG